UUUAACUAGUGAUUGGCAUAACCUUAAGCACUAUACUUAACAAAACCUCAAAAACUGUUUGCAUUCUUUCAAAUGGUAGACACCAAGAGAUUCUGUUCUAACCGCAUGCUGUUUUUCUUCCUUUUGUGUUCAUUCUUUUGCACUUGCAUGCAUUGUUAUGGUAGAGAUACCAUAACCAUUAACAAUUUCUUACUAGAUGGAGGAGGAGGAGGAGGAGGAGAUACUCUAAUUUCUGAUGGAGAAAACUUUGAGCUGGGAUUUUUCACCCCUAAUGGAAGCUCUAGUGGAAGAAGAAGAUAUAUUGGAAUAUGGUACUACAAUUUGAGUCCAAGAACAGUUGUGUGGGUGGCUAAUAGGGACACCCCUCUUGAAGAUUCCGGCGGCGCUUUCGGCAUUUCAGAAGACGGUAAUCUGAGGGUUCUGGACAGAAAUGGGAGACCCUUUUGGGGGACAAGUCUUGAAACAUCAUCAAAUUCAUCACUUCACAGAACACUGAAGCUAAUGGACAAUGGUAACCUCAUUGUAAUUGAUGAACAAGACGGAGAAGAAACCAAGAAAACAAAGAUCCUUUGGGAGAGUUUUGCUAAUCCAACAGAUACAUUCCUUCCAGGGAUGAAAAUGUAUCAGGGUUUAUCAUUAACUUCGUGGCGAAGCAACGUCGACCCUUCGCCGGGGAACUACUCUUUCCAGCGAGAUCAAGAAGAUAGCAACAACAACAACGACCAAUACAUGAUAUGGAAGAGAUCCAUAAGGUAUUGGAAAAGCAGUGUGACAGGUAAGGUAGUGGGAACAGGUGAAAUGUCUUUAGCAAUAUCAUAUUUUCUUUCAAAUUUCACUGAGAAGAUUUCCGAAAACUACAACAACACUGUCCCUUUUCUCACUUCUUCACUUUAUAGCAACACAAGGUUGGUUAUCACUUACUGGGGUCAGCUUCUGUAUCUAAAGAUGGAUUCAGAGAAAACUUGGUCUAAUGUUUGGGUUGAGCCUAGAGAUAGAUGCAGUGUGUUCAAUGCCUGCGGAAAUUUCGGAAGCUGUAAUAGCAAGUAUCAUGCUAUGUGUAAGUGCUUGCCAGGGUUCAGGCCUAACUCUCAUGAGACUUGGGAUGCCGGUGAUUUUUCCCGUGGAUGCAGCCGGAAAACUAACGUGUGCGGCGAGGAUGCGAAGAGUGACACUUUCUUGAGGCUGAAAAUGAUGAAAGUUGGGAAUCCAGAUGCUCAGUUUAAGGCCAAGAGUGAAGAGGAAUGCAAGGCAGAGUGCCUCAACAACUGCCAAUGCUAUGCGUAUUCGUAUGAAGACGAUCAGACCGGAGGCAGCGAGGGCGGUAGCGGCCGCAGCAGUGGUGAUGCGGUUUGCUGGAUUUGGUCUGAGGACCUUAACAAUCUUGAAGAAGAUUAUGAGAAUGGCUGCGACCUCAAUGUCCGUGUUGCGCUUUCUGAUAUAGAAUCCACAGGGAAGAGUUGUGGAACUUGUGGCACAAACUUGAUCGCAUAUCCCCUAAGCAGAGGAGCAAAUUGUGGUGACCCAAUGUACUUGAGUUUCCAUUGCAAUGACUCCACAGGCCAGCUUGAUUUCGAGACACCAGGGAGUGCUUUUCGCGUGAUAAGCAUAGAUCAGGACAAGCGAAAAUUUGUUAUUCACAUUGAAGAUGUAGAAAACUGUGAAGAUCAAACAUCAUGGGACAACAAGAAGCUUCUGCUUCUCAAUGAUUCAUCUCCAUUUCAUCUUACUGGCACUUGCUAUGCUGAUCCAAGAACCUUUACUUCUGCUGCUCCAAUGAAACAUGGAGUAGAGUUGGAACUGAGUUGGGAUCCGCCGUCCGAGCCACUUUGCUCCACCUUGCUGGAUUGCAUGGAUUGGCCAAAUUCAAGUUGCAAUACCACAAGUGAUGGCAACAAGAGGUGCCUUUGCAACACUAACUAUUUUUGGGAUGGCAUGAAAUUGAACUGUACUAAUGGCAAUCAAAGCUACCAAGCAGACAGGAAUCUAUCCUUAACUCAGAUCAUGGAAAUCACUUUUACAAUUGUGAUUGCCAUCAUUCUUCUCUCAAGUACUGUUAUAUACAUCUACUUGAAGAAAAGGAGACAUGCUAAUUCACACGAAAUCAGGGGAUAUACUCAGAAGAAUCCAGGCCUUAGCAGUGAGAAAUAUGUAAGAGACUUGAUUGAAUCUGGUAGGUUCAAAGAAGAGAAUUCACAGGCCAUAGAUAUUCCACAUUUUCAUCUAGAAAGUGUUCUUGAUGCUACUAAUAACUUUGCAAUUGCAAACAAGCUUGGACAAGGGGGGUUUGGUCCUGUUUAUAAGGGAAAGUUUCCUGGUGGACAAGAAAUAGCUGUAAAGAGACUUUCGAGUUGUUCCGGACAAGGUUUAGAAGAGUUCAAAAAUGAAGUUGUGUUGAUUGCCAAACUUCAACAUCGGAACCUUGUUAGGCUACUUGGUUAUUGUCUUGAGGGAGAUGAAAAGAUGUUAAUAUAUGAAUACAUGCCUAAUAGAAGCUUAGAUGGUUUCAUAUUUGACCGGAAGCUAUGUGUUCUAUUAGACUGGGAUGUACGCUUCAAGAUUAUUUUGGGGAUCGCCCGAGGACUCCUUUAUCUUCACGAAGAUUCAAGAUUACGGAUCAUUCACAGAGACUUGAAAACAAGCAAUAUUCUGUUGGAUGAAGAGAAGAAUCCGAAAAUUUCAGAUUUCGGCUUGGCUAGAAUAUUUGGAGGGAAAGAAACAGUAGCAAACACAGACAGAGUAGUUGGAACUUAUGGAUAUAUGUCACCAGAAUAUGCACUUGACGGACAUUUUUCCGUCAAGUCCGAUGUCUUUAGCUUUGGCGUGGUAGUUCUUGAGAUCAUCAGUGGGAAAAGAAACACUGGAUUUUAUCAAGCAGAACAUGAAUUGAGUCUUCUAGGAUUUGCAUGGCAUUUAUGGAAAGUGGGAAGGGCAUUGGACUUCAUGGACCAGACACUAUGUGAAACAUGCAAUGCUGAUGAGUGCUUGAAGUGUGUGAAUGUUGGGCUGCUAUGCCUACAAGAAGAUCCAAAUGAAAGACCAAACAUGUCAAAUGUGGUAUUCAUGCUUGGCAGUGAAUCCAACACUCUUCCAAGUCCUAAGGAACCAGCAUUUGUAAUGAGGAGAUGCCCUUCUAGCAGAGCCUCUACUUCUAGUAAAUUGGAAACUUUUUCAAGGAAUGAUUUGACUGUUACCUUAGAAAAUGGAAGGUAGAUAAUUCUGUCAUGUUAAUUACUGCAAUAUUAUUAAAGUGUGUUUCAAUUUAAGAAGAGAAAAAUGUUGAGUACAUAAUUUUGGUGGGACACUAAGUCAGCUUACACUGUAUGUCUGUAUCUACCAUGAUUGGAAUGUAAACUCCAUUUUUAUCCAAUGGAAGUAUGAGUUAGGUGUCUUACAUUAUAAGUACAUGGACGGAAUUCAUUUAAAAUAGAGUAUAUU